CCCUUUCUUUCUUUCAGUCAGAGAAAUCACACAAACCCAACCACAAAACCCUAGCACUGUAAGCCUACACCACCACCACAAGGAGGGGCAUACUGCUGCCGUCCGUCGCACUCAAAGUUCGCCAUCCGUCAUCUAGCUUCCCUCGUGCUCCAAGUCUUCAACCCCUGUUCGCUGUCACCGAUCGCGGUUGCUUCCUCGAGCUCGGCGUCCGUCGUCUUUGUCUGCUCAGCCACGCUUCCGUCGCCGUUUGUUUGCCGUUCACGUUCGCGUCUUCGUUCGCGUUCGCUCGGCGUUCACCGUUCGCGUUCGUCUGGAAGCCACGUUGCUCUGCUUCAAACUCUGCGACCAACCCGCGUGCUCCACUCGUCGAACUGCUCUCUGUUGUCCCCGCCGUGAGUUCCCUAAACCAGCCACCAGACAAUACACUCACACAACAGACAACACCAAUACUCUUCUUCAAACUCUGCAACUUCUGAUUUCUACUACAAUAAAACCUUGGUCAGAAUGAUUUCAGCUAUUUCGUGGAUACCGAUUGGUGCUUCGAAGGCAGAACCCACCGUAGCUGAACCUCCUUCCAAGGAAGAAAUUCAAGAUAUAAUCACCACCGCCGCCGCCAGUACAGCAGACAGUGAAAAUGAGGAAGAAGCAGGGGAUGAACGCAUGGAUGAUGCCGGUGGCGCCGUCGAUGAAGUUGCGCGAGCACUCAAUGUUGCUGAUGCUCUCGGGAAGGCUGAUAAAUUGGACGAUAUUGCCCUCGGUUUGAAGGAGCUUGACAUGGAACAUUACGAUGAUGAAGAUGAAGGAGUUGAGGUAUUUAGUUCCGGGAUUGGUGAUCUUUAUUAUCCAAGUAACGACCUGGAUCCUUAUAUCAAAGAUAAGAACGAUGAUGAUGACUCUGAGGAACUCGAAGACAUGAUCAUUAAUCCAACUGAUUCCGUCAUUGUUUGUGCUCGUACUGAGGACGAUCUCAGUCUUCUCGAGGUUCAUAUACUUGAGGACGUCGGUACUAGUGAGAUGAACAUGUAUGUCCAUCAUGAUAUCAUAAUUCCUGCAUUUCCACUAUCCACAGCUUGGCUUGACUGCCUUCAAGGAAGAGAGAAAGGAAACUUCUUAGCUGUUGGUUCAAUGGAACCGUCAAUAGAAAUUUGGGACCUUGAUGUUAUUGAUGCAGUGCAGCCAUGCAUGGUUUUAGGUGGCAUUUCAGAGAAAAAGAAGAAGGGGAAGAAGAAAUCAAUCAAAUACAAAGAUGACAGUCACACUGACUCUGUACUUGGUCUUGCCUGGAACAAAAAGUUCAGGAAUGUACUUGCUAGUGCCAGUGCUGACAAGCGAGUCAAGAUUUGGGAUGUGGCUACUGGGAAGUGUGAGAGUACAAUGGAGCAUCACUCAGACAAGGUUCAAGCAGUUGCUUGGAAUCAUCAUGAACCAAAAUUUCUUCUUAGUGGUUCAUUUGAUCAUACUGUGGUCCUGAGGGAUGGAAGGACGCCAUCCCAUCCUGGUUAUAAGUGGUCAGUCACAGCUGAUGUCGAGAGCUUGGCCUGGGAUCCACACACUAACCACGAUUUUGUGGUGAGUCUCGAGGAUGGUACUGUCAAGUGUUUUGAUGUUCGGACCGCAACGUCUGAAUCCACAUCUGAUCUAAGUUCUACAUUUACUCUUCAUGCACAUGACAAAGCUGUUACCUCAGUAUCCUAUAAUGUGUCAGCACCUAAUCUACUUGCUACUGGAUCGAUGGACAAAACGGUAAAGCUUUGGGAUUUAUCGAACAACCAACCAUCUGUUGUGGCAUCUAAAAACUCCAAUGCUGGAGCUGUAUUUUCUAUUUCGUUUUCAGAGGACAACCCCUUUGUGUUGGCUAUAGGAGGCUCAGAGGGAAAAUUGCAAGUUUGGGACACUUUAUCUGAGUCUGCUGUCUCUCGGCGUUAUGAAAAUUACAAGAAGAAUAGAACUCGGUCGUGAUACCCUUCAUGUUACUGGUAGGCUAGAAGUAUUUAUGUUAGAUACAGUUGUUGAGAAACAGGUUGAAAGCAAUAUAUUAAGGAUGGUAGAUAUAUAGAGUUUGAUAGCAUGUUCUCUCUCAUAAUUCAUGUAACAUCCUUAUAAGUUUUGAAUGAACAUUUGUUCUACAGCUUGGAUCAUUGAGUGUUUCAAUUUUUUGCCUUUGUAAUAUAAUUGCGGUCAUGCGCUUGUGAAUAACGAGUUGCAGCGUCUUCUGUAA